CACAAUGUAUAUAUAUAACACGCUGGAUUGCUGCCCGUGCUGACAGCGACAAACAUUCUAUGAUAGUCCUAUCCUUGAAUUUAGUGAAACAAAGACAAAAUGACCGAAAUAGACCCCAGACAAAGCGUUGAUCCGCUCCAGACACCAAAACCGCUGAAGCGGCCCCUCCCCAACGCCGCGCAGAUCCCUCUACGGACGUUCCAGUUACCGAACUUUCCUCCUGAAGCGGCGCAUCUCAAAGAGUUGACUUUGACGUCUGAUAUCAAGCAGUCGGAGUACUCAGACCUCCUCGCGUCGACUGCGUCCUCAGACGCGAUCUCGAAAUCCAUCCCCGAGGGGAUCGAAUCGCUUACCCUAGAACUCUUCUCUCUAGGCUACCCAGCAUCCUUCCUAACAAACCUAGCCCAGUCCCUCCCAAAUCUCAAAGCACUGACAUUAUAUUCCCACCUCAUCGACGGCAUCAGCGAUGCUUCGCGCAAAGAUGCAGGAGAAUUCAUCUUCAACACCCUAGUGGGCAACGGGAACAACGGCGGCGGAUUAAGAGAACUACAUCUCCUCGACGCUUUCUGCAGAAAGGGGUUUUAUGCUGGUGUUGGAGAGACGCUGGAGGAUUUGUACUUGGAUGGCGAGGCAGCUUCGGCGAUGCUUCUGCUUGAGGUGUCGUAUACGUAUCGCGGGCACUCAGAUCCGGGUUUUUUGUCGCGUGUUCACGGUGAUGAGAUUCCGUUGAUGCUGGUUCCGUCGUUGAUUGCGGUGUCGUUGAGGUUGUCUCCUCCGCCGCUGGAUCAGGCUGCGAGUGGGUUCUCUAACGGACUUCCAUAUGAUCCAGCAGAUGUGGAUGCGGAGGGAAACCCUAUCCCCGGGCAGAAACCGCAAGGCAUCAUUCCCUUCCCCUCAACACAUCCAGGGACAGCACUGCUGGUCGAGAAGCUCACGCCUACUCUGGAAACCCCUGAGGGAGAAACCGAGGGCCCACCAAUCCCUGGCCCGCAAGCCCUAAAAAUGCUCGACUCCACACUCUACACUUUGACGCUGGACGAACUUUCUAGGAUACUCGGUCACCAAACACACCUGGCUGUCUUGAAUGCCAGCGUCAUUGUAGGGAAAAAUGAGCCCGCCAAAAAGUCUAUCCUGAAUACAAUACGAUCUGCUAGUCCCGCUUUGGAAACGGUGGAGCUCGUGGGCGUUCCGGAGGAAUUCAUUGGGGUCAGCUCUACCUCUCGUAAUACCAUUGGUGAUCGUACUGACAAUGACCAGGAAUCCUCGCUUUCUGCUUUCCAUGAAGUUUUUCCCACUGCGGCGGACAUGGCAUCUUUAUCCGAGACUUUGCCGCAGCUGGACAGCUUUAGCAUGAAUAUCCUCUGUGCACCCAAGUUCGGAGCUGUGAGUUGGAAUAAACAGCCUGGUGGAGAGUGGACCGGUGGUUUUGUUGCAGAUGGCCAGGUAUAGUUGUGAAUUACUGUGUACACAGCAAACUUUGACUUCGUGAACUUCAAUAAGCAUCUUCUCUUGUUUACCUAGUGUGAAUCAAUGUAUAGCCCUAACCUCAUGAACUCGUAAACGUAGGUCAGUCGAACACACAUAGCACAUACACCUCAUUCGGACGCAGAAAGAAAGAAAACUACCGAACCACCUUCUCAAUAUCUGCCGCCCACAAAGC